AUGAGGCGGUCAUUAUUUCUUAAUAUUUUACAUAAUCUUCAACAAGUCAACAAGCACUUCAUGCAAACCCAUGAUGCCACUGGUGCUCCUAGAUUAUCCAGUGUACAGAAGAUGACUGCUGCACUUUGGAUCCUACAACACAGCGCACCUGCUGAUCCUGUAGACGAGUACAUCAGAAUCAACGAAACUACUGCAAUUGCAGCCUUGAGUUUCUUUACCAAAACGAUUAUUGCUAUCUAUGAAGGCGUUUACUUAAGAUCCCCAAAUGAGGCAGAUGUCACCAGAUUAUUGCAAAAGGGAGAGCAACACGGGUUUCCCGAAAUGUUAGGAAGUUUGGAUUGUAUGCACUGGCGUUGCGAUACAUGUUUAACUGCCCAAGCCAGUGCUUACACUGGACACUAA